AUGGAUUACAAACGUAAGAAGAAACUUUCCUUCAUCACAAUCGGACUGCUGUUUUUCUUUAGUGGUAUCGAAUAUGCCGUUAUCCUUCCCACCAUAUGGAGGUACCUGCAGAUUCUGGAAGCUCCUCCAUAUUUUCUUGGCCUCGGUCUGUCUGCAUUCAGUUUCAGUGGACUUGUGUCCGGACCGUUAUUCGGGUGCUGGUCCGACAGGACUCGCAAUACAAAGUCCAUCAUCCUUUUCUCCAAUCUGUUUGAGAUUGUAGGCAACUUCAUGUACUUCAUGGGCUAUUCAAAAUGGCUCCUACUGUCCAGCCGACUGGUUGCAGGCAUUGGUACCGGUGCGGGAUCGUCCAUCUUCAGCUUUUUGACCAGGACCACCGUCCCUGAGGAACGGGCGCGAGUGUUCGCUGCUGUGAUGGCGUCACGCCAGGCCGGACUCCUGUUUGGUCCCGCUUGCAACAUUUUUCUGCGCCUGUGCAAUUUUCGUCUGGGGCCGUUCGUCGUGAACAAGUACACGGUACCCGGGCUCUUCAUGUGUGUCAUGUGGGUGUUGCUUCAGUUUGCCGUGAUGUUCCUCUACUGGGACCUUCCUCCGCUGGAUGAGAACCAAACCGCCCUAUGCCGUGUCGGAAAGGAGGACGAGGAACCUCUUGUGGGCCCGGAGGUUGAACCAGGGUCAAGUUCCUAUGGCCUGGUGGCGUCUGAUCAGACUGAGACGGAACUCUCGAAUGACCUGGGGUCAUCUCAGCCUGCCCAAGAUGACCCAUUUGAGAAGUUUAGCGCCAGCCGAGAGUUCCUGAGGGAGGAAGUGGUGGUUCUCCUCACCGCCCAGUUCAUCACCCUCUUCAAUCAAACUGCACUUGAGACUAUAGUGACCCCACUGACACAGAAGUACUUCGGCUUCGCUGAGCUGGGGAACAGCGUGAUGUACGGACUGUGUGGCGUGGAGGUGAUCGCCGGGUUCUUCCUGGUGCGUUGGCUGAGCCGGGCGUGGGAGGAGCGGGCGCUGCUGGCCACGGGCCUUCUCAUCAGCUGUGCGGCCUGCGUCUGGUGCCUCAUUUUCCUUGCCGACCCCAGGGGCGGUUUUGCAUUGGAGUUGACCGUGUUCGUUAUCGGAGUGUUCCUGCAGCUGCUGGGGCUUCCCUUCGUCUCCGUGUCCCAGGUCUCCCUCUUCUCCAAGGUCACCGCUGAGAAGACACAAGGUUUUAGUCAGGGUGUGCGGCGCUCCGUCGGAGGUCUGGCCACCAUCCUGGGUCCACUUUGGGCUGGUGGUCUGACUGGGAAUCUGUACGUGAUGCUGGGAAUGAUGCUGUUUCUUCUCACGCUCAUAACGAUCAUGAUGGCGCUGUCCUACGAGAAGCUGGUGGAGCCCCCCGUGGUCCUGCAUGCUAACGACUCUGAGAGCGAUAGAAGACAACGUCGUGCAUGCUGA